AAAAAAAAUCAUAAUAAUUUUUUUCGUGUCGUUCGUCGUCUUCUUUCAUAAAAAGUGUAUCAGAUUCUUAUUAUUUUUAUUUAACAAAAAAAAAAUAUUGUAAAAACAACUUGUGGAUAAAAUAUUUAUAAAAUCGUUACGAAAUCUGUGCAAUCAUGUGGAAAAUCGGAUUUUUAUUGAUUCUUCCGUAUCUUCUACUUCACAUAAAUCAUGUGAAUGCAAUCGAAUCCGUGGCUGGCGACAAUACGAACAACAACAGUGCAAGUGCAAGCAGAUCAAAUAGAGCGAUUUCCACAAAUUGCCCGAGAACGUGUCCGCCAAAUAGCACGCCACAAGAGCCCGUUUGCGGCACCGAUGGCUUGAUUUAUCCUAGUCUUUGCGAAAUGAAGCGCAAAACAUGUACCAAAAAUAGUGUUAAUGCAAUUAAGGAGGAUAGGGAGGGAUGUGAACGGUCAAAGGGCUCAAAUUGUGCCCACAAAUGUCCCACGGAUAAAGAUCUCGUGUGCGGUAGUGAUGGUCGUACGUACUUGAAUCGUUGCAUGUUACGAGUACAGGCAUGUCGCGUUGGUACUUCGGCCGUGACAUUGGCGCAUGUUGGAUCGUGCACAAAUGUUAGUGCCAUUCGGGAAUCUUGCCCGGUGGAUUGUAAUAGUGCACCGCAAGAUGGACCUGUGUGCGCAUCCGAUGGAAAUGUUUAUAAUUCGACGUGCUUGAUGAAGUUGAUGACAUGCGGACAAGGAGUGGUUCGUACAAGCCGCAAACAUUGCCAAAGCACUCGUAACUGCCGUGAAUCCUGCUGGAGAGUUGCUCGUCCUACAUGCGGAUCCGAUGGUCGUCUCUAUGCCAGCGCCUGCAAAAUGCGUUCCUCGAACUGUGGCAAACACGUCUUUGAAGUUCCAAUUUCCUUCUGCAUGUCCCAAAAUGAACGUACCCAAAAUAUCGGAAAUUCCGCUGCAGAUUCCUGCCCAACAGAAUGCCCUUCUCAAAACACACCAGACUACAUUUGCGGCAGUGAUGGAAAUAUUUACACAUCUCUUUGUGAGUUAAGGAUGUUGAACUGUGGCCAACGCAAACAAGUGCAACAAGUCAACAUGGAUCGUUGCAAAUCGAAACUUAAACGCUGCAAAGUCUUACCGUCUUGUAACAAGUUCCAAAGUAAAUACGCGCAAUACUUCUCUGCCGCUCAAGCUGACGAAAUUUGUGGUACUGAUGCUCGAACCUAUGCUAAUGAAUGUGAAUUGAAUCACGCUACUUGCUUACGCGGCGUUCAAAUGGCUCACGUGGGUGCUUGUACAAAAAUAAAGCAAAAUGACUUCACAGACUGCAAUGCUUGCAACCAAGAAGAAGCAGAACAAGGUCCAAUUUGUGGUAGUGAUGGAAAUGUUUACAAAAAUAUCUGUGAGAUGCGACAAAAGACUUGCGGAUCACGAGUUGUCUCAGUGUCGCCCAAGAAUUGCGUCACAACAGCUCAUUGCUAUGCCGAUUGCGAAAAUGAACCAACAAAUUACGUGUGUGGCUCCGACAAUAAACUCUACAAAUCCGAGUGCCAAAUGAGGAAGGAAAAUUGCGGCAAACACAUGUUUGUGGUGCCCAUGAAACGAUGCUUGGCUGCUUUUAUGUUCAGAGGCUGUGCCAAAAUCUGUCCUCAAGAAUACGAUCCGGUGUGCGGAACUGACGGCAAAACCUACUUAAAUGACUGCUUCUUCUCGAUGGAAAGCUGUAGAUCCCGAAAAAUGGUGCAAAUGCAACACAUUGGACCCUGUGGACGUCCCGAAGAACCCGUUCAGAACUAUUUGUACUGAAAAAAAUGUUGCCGCUGAUUGAUUUAUUGUUAGAGAAAAAAAAAAAAAAUGCUAAAUAAUUUUCCUUCUAAAAUUUUAAUCAAAGUUAUGAUGAUGAUGAAAAAAUUAUGAUGAGAAAAGUGAUAAACGCGACGGAAUAUUUUAAAGUAAGGAGCAUGCUAAUUUUAUUUAAUUUAUUGACAAAAAAAAACGAAAAAAAAUAAUGAUGAUCAUUUUACGAAUAAGUUUAUGUGUCCACCAUAUAAUUUUAUAAAUUUUAAGGCGUUUUUAUCGGAAAUUCCAGUAAUUUAAUUUUUAUUUUUAUUCAAUUGAUGAUUAUUUAUUUAUAACACUCACA